UCCUCAUUGCGUCAUCAUUCCGCGACUUGUCACAUGUCCAUAAACAGAGCCGCAGCCUGGGUCCAGGUUUCUGACCAGCCAUGAUCGACAGCGAUGACGAUGACGUUCCCGCCCUGUCGGCUCACACUCUGGCCGCCCUGCAGGAGUUUUACAACGAGACCAGAACCGGUCCAGAUCAGAGCGAGACCCCGUCAGACCAGUUCGCCGUGGGAGCCGUGGAGGAGGACUGGCGGAUGAGCCAGUUCUGGUACAGUGACGAGACGGCGACGCAGUUAGCGGAGGAGGCGGUGAGAGAAGCCGGAGACGGAGGCAGGAUAGCGUGUGUGAGCGCGCCCAGCGUGUACCAGAAGCUGAAGCAGGGCGUGGUGGACGGCUCCGACCGGGUGUCGGCCGUCGUGUUGGAGUACGACCGCCGCUUCGCCGCCUACGGAGACGACUUCGUCUUCUACGACUACGGGGAGCCGCUGUCGCUCCCCGCCAGCGUGGCUCCUCAGAGCUUCGACGUGGUGCUCGCCGACCCCCCUUACCUCUCUGAGGAGUGUCUGAGCAAAGUGGCCAAGACCAUCAAGUACCUGAGCAAAGGCAAAGUGCUGCUGUGCACAGGAGCCAUCAUGGAGAAUCUGGCCAAAGAGCUCCUGGAUCUAAAAAUGUGCAGCUUUUUGCCGAAACACAACAGGAACUUGUCCAACGAGUUCCGCUGUUUUGUCAACUACCCGUCGCGUCUUCUGUCCGGCUGAAGUGAGGACAAACGUCCGACUGUGGACGUCACACAGACUCUUACCUGUCGUCCAGGAGUGAAAGGACACGUUAGACUUUUUUCCGUUUUCACUGAGCUGAUGAAUCAGUUCACAGGAACUUCUCAUAAUUGAAUAAUUGUCUUUUCUUUGGGCAUAAAUGUCCAGUAAUGAUGGUUCCAGCUUCUCAGAUUUGUAGAUCGGAUCCUUUUCUUUGUCUCACGUGAAACUGAACGGCUCCAGUUUCUUGGACCUAAAUCCUAAAGAUGGUGGAGGUGGUUAGAUGUUUGCAUGAACCUGCGUUUCAGUAACAAGCAGCCGAUGGACGGUUACAGCUGAGCAAAGAAAUAAAACCAAACGGGACCUUUAAUGUGAACCGAUCCAUCAGAGAACA